GGCUGUGCACUUGGGAGCUGAGGAGGAUCCCAGCAGAUUCUUCAUCUGAACUAUCCAGUGGCCCCAGCAUGGUGUGAGGAGGGGUCCUUUCUUUUGUCUGCUCCUAACCUGCAGUGCCUUCUCCUCCCACCUCAUCUCAGUCCUCCCCCUGCAGCCUUUAUUUCCCCCCAUUUUUUUAAUCUUUUUUUUUUUGUCUGUAAUAACUGGUCCAUCCCUAAGGGGGUCUCAGGAUGGCUGACAGGAGGCAACAAGGUGGCAGAAUGCAGAAUGAAGGGGAGGAGGUCCCAGCCUUCUUCAAGAACAUGGGGUCUGGAAGUCCCAAGCCAAGGCAGAAAUUCUGUGGGAUGUUCUGCCCUGUGGAGGGGUCUUUUGAGAACAAGACCAUCAAUUUUGACUCUUUAUCUGCCUGUCGGGGGUCUGGGAAAGUCAUUGACCAGCAGAAGGAUGUGACACCUUCAGAGCAAGGGAGGAAGAUUGAGAUCAAGUGUGGUUAUGGCAAGGAAGCUCUUCAAUACCUGAAUGAUAAGAGCGACCGACUCCUUAUAAAAGGAGGUAAAAUCGUCAAUGAUGACCAGUCAUUCCACGCUGACAUCUACAUGGAGGAUGGGCUUAUUAAGCAGAUUGGUGAAAAUCUCAUUGUGCCUGGUGGUGUGAAGACCAUUGAGGCUCAUGGAAGGAUGGUUAUACCAGGGGGCAUUGAUGUCCACACCUGCUUCCAGAAACCAUGCCAUGGGAUGGUGUCCGCUGAUGACUUCUUCCAGGGAACCAAAGCAGCUUUGGCCGGCGGCACCACCAUGAUCAUUGACCAUGUGGUGCCGGAGCCCGGGACGAGCCUGAUCAGUGCUUUUGAGCAGUGGCGAGAAUGGGCGGACAGCAAAAUCUGUUGUGACUACUCCUUACACAUGGACAUCACUGAGUGGCACAAGGGUGUCCAGGAGGAGAUGGAGGCUCUGGUGAAAGAUCAUGGGGUGAACUCGUUCCUGGUAUACCUGGCUUACAAGGAUCAGUAUCAGCUCACAGACUCCCAGAUCUACGAGGUGUUCAGUGUGAUCCGGGAUAUUGGUGCCAUUGGACAAGUACAUGCUGAGAACGGUGAUGUCAUAGCUGAGGAACAACUGAGGGUCUUAGAACAAGGAAUCACUGGCCCUGAGGGACACGUCUUGAGCAGACCAGAAGAAGUGGAGGCAGAAGCUGUCAAUCGUUCCAUUACUAUCGCCAAUCAGACCAAUUGUCCUCUCUAUGUCACCAAAGUGAUGGGCAAAAGCUCUGCCGAAGUGAUCGCACAGUCUAGGAAAAAAGGUGCUGUAGUCUAUGGAGAGCCCAUUACUGCAAGCUUGGGCACCGAUGGUUCUCAUUACUGGAGCAAAAACUGGGCAAAAGCUGCAGCUUUUGUCACAUCUCCUCCUCUGAGCCCUGAUGCCAGUACUCCUGAUUUUCUCAACUCUCUGCUUGCCUGUGGUGACCUGCAGGUUUGCGGGAGCGCACACUGCACUUUUAACACGGCUCAGAAAGCUGUUGGAAAAGACAAUUUUACAAUAAUUCCAGAGGGGACCAAUGGAACAGAGGAGAGGAUGAGCAUCGUUUGGGACCGAGCUGUGGUCACUGGAAAAAUGGAUGAAAACCAAUUUGUUGCUGUCACUAGUACCAAUGCUGCCAAGAUUUUCAACUUGUACCCUAGGAAAGGUCGCAUUGCCGUUGGAUCUGAUGCUGACUUGGUGAUCUGGGACCCAGAUAGCGUAAGGACAAUCUCAGCCAAAACUCACAACAGUUCUGUGGAGUACAAUAUCUUUGAGGGAAUGGAGUGCCGUGGAAGUCCUCUGGUGGUGAUAAGCCAAGGAAAGAUUGUUCUUGAAGAUGGCACUCUCCACGUCACUGAGGGAUCUGGGCGGUACGUUGCCAGGAAGCCAUUCCCUGACUAUGUUUACAAGAGGAUCAAGGCUCGAAGCAGGCUUGCUGAGCUGCGAGGAGUUCCUCGUGGAUUGUAUGAUGGACCUGUUUGUGAAGUCUCUGUGACUCCAAAAGCUGUAACACCUGCCUCUUCUGCCAAGACAUCACCUGCCAAGCAACCAGCUCAGCCCGUAAGGAACCUACACCAGUCUGGGUUCAGCCUGUCAGGGGCACAGAUUGAUGACAACGUUCCUCGUCGCACUACCCAGCGCAUUGUGGCGCCUCCCGGGGGCCGUGCCAACAUCACCAGUCUAGGCUAGACCCAAACUAAUUCUCCUGCCCCAGGAUUCCGUUCCUUCUCCAAGAUGAAUUAUUUCCGAAAGAUUUACCAAUUCCUGCCUUUUUUUUUUUUUUUGUUUAAUAAUCUUGGGGGGCAGUGACUUUUCUAGGAGCAGAUAACAGUCUAGGAGACACACAGAGUGUCACAUUGCUCAUACACACAUAGAUGUAUGUAUAUGUGCUUUGGUACGUAUACACGUAUGUAAAUGAUACCUGCGGUGUUCACAUUGUAGGUAUCUGUUGGGAUGCUUGCAUGUGUGUGGGCAUAAUCGGGUUGGAUUAGAGAGCCCCAUAAGAGCUGUCCUUCCUAGUGGCCAUUCACCCCCCCUCUUUAACUCGACACCCCAGUCAUUCUUUUGUACGUCCGCGAAAGGUGACCUUAUAGAAAACAUCUCGGUCUUGCUACAUUCAGGUUAUGGAGUUAGGAUUAUACAUGGAUUUAGGAUUAUACAUCUCUAUGAGAAAAUAAAUCAGUGCUUAGAAGACAUGUUCUGUUCAUAUACAUUAUCUAUUAAUGAUGGAGAUACAUUUCACCUAUGGUAGUUUAAUUUUAUUAUUAUUAUUAUUAUUAUUUUUUUAAUCAGAUUUUAUUAUGAGUUUAGUCAAGGUACUUACAUGACUUCAUUUAUAUUUAUCUUACUUAUUAAAGACUAAUACGUCUCAGAAAGUACUUAAAGGGGUACUUCGUUGCCCCAGUAUUUGGAACAUUUUGUUCCGAACACUUGGAGCGGGUGGCGGGGGUUCGUGACGUCACUGCCAUGCCCCCUCGUGACGUCAUGCCACGCCCCUCAAUGCAAGACUUGCAUUGAGGGGGUGUGGCCGUGACAUCACGACCCCCGCUGCCGGCACCCAGUGUUCUAAACGAAUGCCAAGUGCUGCACAGAGAUUGUGGAGGGUCCCCAGUGGCAGUUCCCCCGCGUUAAGACAUCUUAUCCCCUAUCCUCUGGAUAGGGGAUAAGAUGUCUAGGGGUGGAGUACCCCUUUAAUGCAAGACCAAGGCUAAAAGACGGCAAAGACAUCCCGCCGAGAAUGCCAACUUUUGCAGAUCGUAUGGGUGUUGGGUGUUCAGAGGGGAACCCCGGUGCUGACAUGUGCAGGGUAGAUGUUCCAUUCAGCCAGUUUUUAACCCAUUGUGGGAUUCGUGAUUGUGUUCCUGAGUGCAGGAGAUGUUGUGCUUAUGCUAAUAAAUGUGUCUAGAAUGAAAAUGUGCUCUCUCCAAUGUCUUAAAUAGCAAAGAGAUAAGUCUUGUGUCUUUUUUCCCUGUAAACACUGUGUUCUUAUUUCUUAUCACAGAAUCCACUAAUAAAAUGUUGUGCUUUCAACAA